UUGAAUCCCAUGUGUAUUGACAUGACAGGUUGUCUCGUCUUGCUGCAACCACGAGGUCAACCAAAAGUUUGGGUCGCUCUGCAAGGAGGUGCGCCUCUCGCGUGGAAAUCUGUCAUACCAUUUACGUAUCGGCGGAUUCUUUGUGCAACCCGGCAGAAUGCAGCUCGCCUUUUGACAAAUGUCUAGGCGUGAAGGGGCAUUCGGCACUU